AUGGCGGAAAAAGGCCGGAGCGCGGGUCGGUCGGUUUUUGCUGUUUUAGCCGUUUUAGCGGUUUUAGGUUAUACCGGUUAUAUUGCCAGCCUCAAGUGGCCUCAAGCUUCGAAACAGCAUACAGGCCAGCUUCUACAAGGCACUCAACGGCAGCCGAGCAAUACUUCCAAUACUUCUGUUAAUGGCAGAGAUGUUAAUAAUAUUAUAAAAAGUCUAACUGCUCUAACCGAUCUUGAUGUCACCGACGAUCCUGAAAAGAAAAAGAAGAUUAGACGAAUCAAGAGCCAUUAUCGGUCCAUUCCUAUGGUUGCAUUCGUUUACGCAGCGUUGGGUGAAUCCAUUGCGCCGUACAUCUGCAUCUCACGUGACGUAUUUCACCGAACGGCCAUUUGCUCGUGCGGAUGCUCUGCUUCUUUCAUCCAAUAA